UUAGAAAUUCUAGUUAUUUUUUCUGUUUUUUUUUCUUGGUAGAGAAAAUAGUGCUAUAUAAUGUCUAAAAAAGCUUUUGUUAGAGAUGCUGUGGCCAAUCAGUUAGUAGAGUAUGCUGAAAAACAUGAAGGUGAAAAAAACUCUAUAACCACGAACUCUGGCAACCCUAUAGGAACCAAAGAUGCUAGUUUAACGGUAGGCUACCACGGACCAACUUUGCUCCAAGAUGUGAUGCUUCUAGAUGACUUAAGUCAUUUCACCAAAGAAAGAAACCCGGAAAGGGUGGUCCACGCCAAAGGUGCGGGUGCUUUUGGGUACUUCGAGGUCACCCAUGAUAUAACCAAGUACACUGCUGCCAAACCCUUCGCUCAAAUUGGUAAAAGAACUCCCAUAGCGAUGAGAUUUUCGACUGUGGCUGGAGAACGUGGUUAUGCCGAUACUGUAAGGGAUGUUAGAGGAUUUGCCAUCAAAUUUUACACAGACGACGGAAUUUGGGAUAUAGUGGGAAACAACACGCCCGUAUUCUUUGUUAAGGACGCAGCUGUUUUCUCCAGUUUUAUUCAUGUAAUGAAAAGGAAUCCGGUAACAAAUAUUCGUCCAGACUACGACAUGUUCUGGGAUUUUGUUUCUCUAAGACCCGAAUGUACCCAUCAAACACUGAUUACGUUCUCUGACAGGGGUACUCCCAAAUCUUACAGAAAUAUGCAUGGGUAUGGUUCACAUACGUAUUCGUUUGUGAACAAAGAAGGCGUGGUGCAUUGGAUCAAGUACCAUUUCAUUACCAAUCAAGGUAUCCAAAACUUAUCGGCCAGAGACGCCCAAAGAAUAGCUGGCGAAAAUCCGGACUACCACACCAGAGACCUGUACAAUGCCAUAGCAACUAAAAAUUUUCCUUCGUGGGACUUUUACAUUCAAGUGAUGACCCAUGACCAAGCUCUGAAAAGUCCCUACGACCCUUUUGACCUGACAAAAGUCUGGUUGCAUGCUGACUAUCCGUUGAUACCCGUAGGGAAGAUUGUGCUGAACAAGAACCCUACCAAUUAUUAUGCUGAGAUCGAGCAGAUUGCUAUGGAUGUGGCUCAUUUGAUACCAGGAGUAGAGAUAUCUCCGGAUCGCAUGUUGCAAGGACGUAUGUUUGCCUACAGAGACACUCACCAGUACCGUUUAGGUCCAAAUUACAACCAGCUGCCUGUGAACAGGCCCUAUGUCGUUCACAAUUACUCACGUGACGGAUACGGUACGACCAAUAGUCAGGGUGGUGCUCCAAACUAUCACCCUAACAGUUUCGAAGGGCCUGUAGAUGAUAAAAGAGCUCAAGCCUUGUCACCAAGCAUACCACUGCAUGGAGAAGCUAAAAGAAUCGACAGUGGAAACGAUGACAACUUCACUCAACCUCGUCUACUGUACGUCAGAGUACUGAAAGAAGACGAAAGACAAAGACUGGUCGAGAAUUUGGUUGAAUGGCUGAAACGCACUACAACAGUCAUUCAGUUACGAGCCAUUUCUAAUUUUGAACAAGUGGAUAAAACGCUCGGAAGCAGACUGAAAGAGGCACUGCAUUUGGAUCAGGAAUACCACAUUGAGUUCUGAUAGAAACUUAAAAAAAAUAGAUUUUUUAAAUACGUCUAUUGAAUUAUAAGAAGUCUCGGAGAAAUAAAUAAACAGAGAUUUGCUGAGA